AUGUCUCCUCUCGUCUCUGGACACAAGGCCACCCUGGACUGCAAGGUUUCAGGGUUCUACCCUGGGAACGCCUCAGUGUUAUGGUUCUGCAGGGAGACUCCAGUAUUGCCUGGCAGCAUCACCAACAGCAUCAGCAGAAACAAUGAUGGCACUUUCUCCCUGGACAGUCAGUAUAGCUUCAGCCCCGAGGUGAAGGAUCACAACGCUGUGUGCGUCUGUCAGGCCUCUCACCCUGCCUGGAGACACACACACAGAACCAGCACCACCCUCACGGUCCACUAUGGGCCAGAGGCUGUGACUGUGAGCACAGACUCAGCGGUUGUGGCUAACGGCUCAGUACUUGUAACAAACGGCUUCACCCUGAACCUGAUAUGUGUUGCUGACGGGAACCCCAGGCCUGAGACCCGGUGGCUGGGGGGAAGCAUUAAAGAAGUGCGCCAUACAGAGACCCUUCACAUCCCUGCAGUGCAGAGGGAAGAUGAGGGCCUUUAUUGGUGUGUGGCACAGAACCCGUAUGGACAGCAGAACGCCAGCAUCACGCUGUGGGUGUCUGACAGCAGCCCAGCCCACCCUGGUGGAUCUAAAGCACUUUACAGCCUGGCUGCCAUUCCCUGUGUCUUGGUCUUAGUGAUAGGCAUCGUAUUUCUGCGGAGAAAAGGACAGAAAAAUAAGAAUGCAUUAGCGGGCCAAGGUCGUCAGGCUGAUGGGUCACAGUAUGAUGAUGGUGAACUCACUCAAUAUGAAGGCGUUUCUGCUGCACAUAUCGUCUACGCCGCGCCGAAGAGACGCAGUAAGAAUCCCCCGCAGCGGAGUGUGGGUCCCAGUCCUGUGGACAGUUCCCAGCUGGUAUAUGCAGACAUCAUGAUCCCUCAGCCAAUCAGAAACUUACCUGAUACGAGCGACGAGACGAUGACCGUUUACAGUGAGGUGUGUGCGAGAGGCCGCCGACAGGACAGAAGGGCCCGGAAGCAGGAACUGGACUGUGUCUACACCCUGACGCCCUGA